GUGACCCUUUCCUCCGUUCCUCUACACGUGUGAAUCGCACAUCUUUCAACUUCCUGUCCACUUUGCCAGUGCAAUUGUAAUUAUCCCAAUGUCUGAAGGAGUAGGCGCUUCCGAUCAUCCCCAGGGAAACAUCCAUGUUUUUCCGGGGGCGGUCCCGGACUGGAACAACCUCAAAGUCAUCCAUCGGAACACAUUACCGCCCAGAGCCCACUUCUUUCUGUAUGAGAACCCAGACGAUGCCUUGUCGCGCGAUGUGUCCCGCUCAAAGAGCCAGCUCCUCUCCGGAACCUGGUUGUUUCACCUUUCCAAGUCUCCGUUCGACGGUCCCACCGACUUCCACCAGCACACCUUGGUGGACCUGGCAUCUUCGCACCGCUGGGGCUGGCGGCCCAUCGCUGUUCCGGGCAUGUGGCAGCUGCAGGGCCACGGCAGAGGACCUCACUAUACCAACAUCAAUUAUCCCUUUCCCGUCGACCCGCCGCGGGUGCCAAUCGAUGACAAUGAAUGCGGUCGCUAUGUAACGACGUUCUACCUCGGCGAUGAAGAUGAAAACAGGCGUCACCAAUUGAGGCUACGCUUUGAAGGAGUCGAUUCUGCCUUUACCGUGUGGGUGAACCAUCGUGAAGUUGGCUAUUCUCAGGGAUCCAGGAACCCAAGCGAGUUCGACAUCACCCGAUUCGUGCGCUUUGACGGCCCUAACCACCUCCACGUCGAGGUAUAUCAGCGUUGUGAUGGAAGCUACAUAGAGGACCAGGACCAAUGGUGGCUCAGUGGGAUUUUUCGAGAUGUUCUGCUGCACAAGUUCCCAAAAACGCACUUUGAGGAUUUCCAUGUUCAUACCAUCCUGGAUGACGAGUAUCGAAAUGCGAUCUUACAUGUCCAGGUUAAGCUCAACUCUAGCGCCAAUGUCACAUUGAAGCUUUUCGACGCUGAUGGAAAGGAGUUGGUUCGUAAAACGAAGACAGGGGGGGGAUCAAUCGUCUUCGAAAUCCCCGUCCAAAAUCCGCACAAAUGGACCGCUGAGACGCCUUAUCUUUACAAGUUGCUGCUUGUGAUGCCAGGCUGCUCGCUGGCCGAGAGGGUAGGCUUCCGCCGGGUUGAGCUUCUCGACGGCGUAUUCAGUGUGAACGGCAGACCGGUCAAGUUGAGAGGAGUCAACAGACACGAACACCAUCCAGAUCGAGGACGGGCUGUGCCGUACGAAUUUCUCAGAAGGGAUCUGAAACUGAUGAAACAGCACAAUAUCAACGCCAUUAGAACCUCUCAUUACAUCAACGAUCCUAGAUUGUAUGAGCUGGCCGAUGAGCUGGGGUUGUGGAUCUUGGACGAGUGCGAUCUAGAGUGCCAUGGGCUUUUUGUUGUUGGAGGUAACGGGCUUGGAUUCGCUUCGGACAACCCCGAAUGGGAAGAGGCAUACAUCGAUCGCGCGCGGCAAAUGGUCAUGCGCGACUUCAACCGUCCAAGCAUUAUUCUUUGGUCACUCGGCAACGAAUCCGGCUAUGGUCGGAACCAUGCCGCGAUGUACAAGUUCAUCAGGAGCGUCGAUCAGAGUCGCCUGGUCCAUUAUGAAGGCGAUUGGAUGGCGCAGUCUGCAGACAUCAUCAGCAGGAUGUAUCACUCUGUCCAUGACAUGGAGAACUACGCAAAGGAACGGUCCUGGGACAAACCGGUCCUCCUUUGCGAGUAUGUUCACGCGAUGGGGAACGGUCCUGGAGCGAUCCGGGAGUACGUUGAGCUGUUUUACCAGUAUCCCCGACUGAUGGGCGGUUUCGUGUGGGAGUGGGCAAAUCAUGGCCUAAGGACCAAGACGAAAGACGGAAGAGAGUAUAUGGGGUAUGGAGGCGACUUUGGGGAUGAACCAAACGACUACAACUUCGUAAUGGAUGGGCUCUGUUUUUCAAAUCACUCACCCGGGUCGGGUCUCCUCGAGUACAAAAAGGCUAUUGAGCCCGUCCAGACGCUUGCCGUCGAAGAUGGAGAUAAAGUCCGCAUCGUGAAUCGCUACGAUUAUGUCAGCCUCGACCACCUGGAGUGCUGGUGGUCAAUCAUCUCAGAUGAGCCGGGAAAGAGUACUGCGCCACAGCUGGUGAAAAUACCAAAGGGUAUCAAGCCUCAUACCGAGGCUCUUCUACAUCUGCCGGAGCUUCGCCAACACCACUUGGCGGAUUCGCACCUAAAUCUAUACUUCAUGAGUGCACAAGAGACCGUCUGGUGCCCUCCGGGUCAUAUCGUGGCCACUGGCCAGAUCCAGCUUGAGAAACCCCUCAGCCUGCGACGGUUGUGCAGCAUUGGCGACCCUGCUCUGCGGCCCCGAGUAGCCCUGGUGGAGAACACAUUACAGAUUGUUGGGCACGAGGUGUCGUGGAAGUUUGACCUCGCUUUGGGUGGUCUCGUCAGCUGGGAGCGCGCAGACGCAAAUGUGGGCGGCGGUUCGUCCAACAUCCUCACUGAGCCACUGCGCUUCGACGUAUAUCGUGCCCAAACCGACAAUGACCGCGGCUGCGAUUUCGGCAGGAACUGGAUAGACCGCCGACUUCACCAAGCCAAAAAUCAUCUCAUCCAGUCGUCGUGGGAACAGAGAGAGAACGGCGUCGUCGAAAUUGUCGUGAGGAGCCGGAUCGCCCCGCCUGUUAUGAACUGGGCGCUCGAAAUCACCGCCACGUAUCGGUUUACGAGCAAAUACGUCUCCAUCCGAGCUCAUGCGAAGCCCACUGGACACCUACUGCCUCGGGCAUGGGGCCGCUUUGGCUUGGUGACGGCCAUCGCGGGCUGUGAGGGCGUCCGGUGGUUCGGACGUGGACCCCACGAAAGUUAUCGAGACAAGAAAUUGAGCCAGCUUGUGGGCCGUUGGUAUCUCCCCGCCGAGAUGCUAGUUACAGACUACGAGUUUCCGCAGGAGAACGGAAACAGGACAGAUACCCGGUGGGUUGAAUUUCUGAACGCCCCGCCGUCUCCGGGAGGAAAUGCUGUGCGAUUGCUUCGAGCACGACAUGGGGAUUUCGAGGGUGCUAGCUUCUCUGUGCUGCCAUAUUCUGCCGAGGACCUGGAUAAGAGCCAGCACCCCUUCGAGCUGCAUGACCGAAGAAGAAAGGAUCGCGUUGUGCACCUCGACUGGAUGCAUCACGGCUUGGGGACGGGAUCCUGCGGGCCCGAGACGCUGCCCCAGUAUACCUUGGAUGCGUCAAAGGAGUAUGACGUCGAGAUUAUCCUGGAUUGAGCUGCCGAGCGGUGCCAGGAUGCGAAGAAGCAAGGCAGCAAACGGCCACGGCAUCCCAUCAACAAGACCAGAACAAAAAGAGGACAGCAACGUAUAAGCUGAACCAAAAGAUAAGCUGACAAGAGUGAGAUUCGAACUCACGCCCCUUUCGAGACCACGGAACUCCCAGGAGGAGGAUGAUCAAGGCUGAAACCUUAACGUGGCGCCUUGGACCGCUCGGCCAUCUUGCCUGAUGCUUGUAGGUUUGGCAAAGAUGCAGAGACUUUUGUGGAACCGUGUGUGCGGUGUGGAGGGCUUUGUUGAUGGUUGGGGCUUCGAGAAAAUUGCGCACACUUCUGUGGAACCAGUGUUUGCGGUGUGGAGGAGACAGCUCCACACCACCGCAUCGUGUGUGUGAUACAUAAGAGUACCAACAGCAAUAAUAGCCACCCUCAAGUAGUGUGACACUGGUUUCUCCAAUGUAGAGCCAAUAGGCAUUGUUAUCCAGCAUCUAGACCU